AUGUCUUGCUCGUCGUCUUCGGAAACUUCCGUUCCCACUCUCAGAACUGUCACCAUACCGUACUCGGAACUCAAGGAGAAGGAUGUAGACCUGUCGAGUAAGAUAGAGGAAGGCUUUGGACCAAAUGGGUUAGGGAUUCUGUCAAUUAAAGAUGUCCCAGGGUUUUCUGCAUUGCGUCGAAAUCUUCUAAAUCUUUCUCCCAGACUAGCCAGCCUUCCAGAAGAAAUAAAGAAGGAACUUGAAGAUCCAAGUACUAGGUACAACUUUGGAUGGAGUCAUGGGAAAGAGAAGCUUGAAUCAGGAAAGCCAGAUGUAUUAAAAGGAUCCUAUUAUGCAAAUCCAAUAAUAGACGUGCCUACAACCGAUGAACAUCUGAUACAACGGUAUCCUUCAUAUUGUGGAUCUAAUAUAUGGCCAGAUAGUGCUCUGCCUGAACUGGAAGUUGCUUUCAAAGCACUUGGGAAGCUCAUUCUUGAUGUUGGAUUGAUGGUGGCUUAUCAUUGUGAUCAAUAUGUGUCGAAGGGAAUGAAAGACAAUGAAGAUGAAGGUCUUGUAAAGAUACUAAGCUCUUCUAGAUGCCACAAAGGCCGGCUACUUUACUAUUUUCCUGCUCAUCAGAAUGACGGUUCAAAAGGUGGAGACUCCAUGUCCUCGUGGUGUGGAUGGCAUACAGACCAUGGUUCACUAACAGGUCUGACCUGUGCACUGUUUAAGAGAGAUGGUGUAGAAAUACCUUGCCCUGAUAGUGCUGCUGGUCUUUAUAUUAGAACACGAACAGAUCAAAUUGUGAAAGUUGUGUAUGGCGAAGAUGAACUAGCUUAUCAAAUUGGAGAAACCACUGAAAUACUCUCGGGAGGCUAUCUCUGUGCAACUCCUCACUGCGUUCGGGCACCUAAAGGAGCAGCAGCUUCUAAUGUCGACCGAUCAACGUUCGCCUUAUUCAUGCAACCCGACUGGGAUCAAAAACUGAAUUUCCCCGAGGAAGCGCGACUCCACAAAGAGCUGAAGCUGGCCAACUCUUGCCUCACAUUCGGAGAAUACACGGAGAAGCUCUUGGGGAAGUACUACCACUCCAGGUCUUAA